AAUCCUUCUCACUUGUUCUCAGGCUUCUCAAGUCAUGGCCUCUCACAAACUAAGCUGUUUUCUUCCCUCUCUUAUGGUCUUAGCAUUAUCUCAGUCUCUUCUUCUCUUAGGCGCUCCUUUGGAACACCUAGUCAGCGAGCUCCCAGGCCAGCCACCAGUAGAAUUCAAACAGUACUCGGGGUACAUAACAGUAGACGAAGCCAAAGGCACCAACUUCUUCUACUACUUUGUAGAGGCCGAAGCCAAUGCCUCCUCUCUUCCCAUCAACUUGUGGCUCAACGGAGGGCCUGGCUGUUCUUCUGUUGGUGGUGGCGCGUUCUCGGAGCUAGGACCGUUUUAUCCCAAGCCUAAUGGAGAAGGGCUUAGAAGAAACCCAUUUUCAUGGAACAAAGUGGCUAAUCUGCUCUUUUUGGAGUCUCCUGCUGGAGUGGGAUGGUCCUAUUGUGAUAAAAAGCGAGUUGGCUACAAUUACGAUGACUGGCGAGUUGGUUGGUCUCCAUUUCCUUCAUCCUUCUUUUCCCUUGCUCCCAGAGAACUUACAAAGGAGAACUUGGCAUUCGUGAGGAAAUGGUUCCAGCUCUUCCCAGAGUACACCAACCACCAGCUUUUUCUCACCGGCGAGAGCUACGCAGGGCAUUAUAUACCACAGCUGGCAUGGUCGAUGGUGAUGUGCAAUGAGUUCAACUUCAAUGGCAUUCUGAUAGGAAACCCACUGCUGAACUAUGGGAUAGAUACGAGUGCAACCUACUCCUUCCUUUGGUCGCAUGGGGUGAUAUCUGACGAGACGUUCCAUGGUGUCUCUCGCUGGUGUGACUUCAGAUAUGGCUACAUGGGUGGAGAGGGAGCAAUACUAGAUGAGGAGAAAAGGGAAGGGAAGAAGGGAGGGUGCACAUCCUUCCUAGCUUCUGCAAGAAAUGAGAUGGGGAGCUACAUCAACAUCUACGACGUCACCGCCGAUGUCUGUCCUCCUCCCAUCCUACACCAAGCCAUCCUCCUCCACAAACUGCUUGAGGAACAAAGGAGAGGGUCCCUAGGAAACCCUGUGCUCUUCUUGCUUUGUUUAUUUGGUUUUGAAUUGAUCAUUACAAUUAAUUUUGGUAUUGCAUCAAAACACCAUGGGUGCAAGCAGAUGGGAGUGGCAGGGCAGAAGGAUGCAACAGAUGUGUGCAUCGACCAUGAAAUCACUCGCUAUCUAAACAAGCCUGAUGUUCAAAAAGCCCUGCAUGCGAAUCUCACCUCUCUCCCUUAUCCCUGGGAGGCUUGCAGCAGGAUUGUGAAUUAUAAUGCUACCAAUCAGCUCACAGAUAUGAUCCCGACACUGGCUCGCCUUGUGAAAAAAGGAUUGCCUGUCUGGAUUUUUAGUGGAGACCAGGAUUCUGUGGUGCCUCUCACUGGGACUCGAAGUCAGAUUGCCAAACUAGCGCAGCAGCUAAAGUUGAAGCCAAAGAGCCCAUAUCAGCCCUGGUAUGCUCAUGGACAGGUUAGAUCUUUCUAUGCCUCUUACAUUCUCAAUUCAUCUGUUCCGUUAGACAUUAAUGAUAAGUACGAUGUGGUUGGUGGAUGGUCGGAAACCUAUGGAAAUGGGAGAUUAGUAUAUGCUACUGUUAGGGAUGCAUCUCAUAUGGUACCAUAUGCUCAGCCAGAGCGAGCAUUGGUUCUUUUUACGAGGAAUGCCUUUGUUCUAAGUCAAAGUUUAUUGAAGCCCCAAGCUUCAAUGUUUUUGAGUGCACAGGGACUUUGGGAAGAACUGACAAAUUUUAGACCUCAGCAGCAUAAUGAGUAUCAAUUUGAAGAACAAGUCAUGCAAUUUUUAAUGGGAUUGGAUGACUCUUAUUCAAAUAUUCAUGGACAGAUCUUGCUCAUGGAUCCUCUACCACCUGUCAACAAGGUCUUUGCUCUUGUGCUUCCAAAAGAACGGCAACGAGAAGUAACUGCCAUGACUCAAAACUUUGAGGCUGCUGCUUUUGCUAAUAAGUCUACUUAUGACAAACCUGUCUAUAAUCAAGUCUUCAUUUAA